UGUUCAUGUUUCCACACCGUUCGGAGAAGUUUUGGAGUAAAUAAUUCUGGUGUGUUUCCUGUCCUCAACCAGGAGGUGGCAGUAUUAUCCGGAAUAUAUCAUUGUUUUUUUCUUGGGGAUGCUGUUCACAUUGUGGUUUGAAUGCGUGAACAGUAUCUAAGCAACACAUUAUAUAGUGGGGAAAGUGUUUCAUUCGAACACAAGAUAGCUCAUUGGAGAGAUAAAACUCAAAAUGAAAGAUUAUUUUUUUUUUUAAAUAUUUGUUAAAACUUUUUAUUAUACAAUUGUCCAGUUCCUCUUUCAUCUCCAACAAAUCGCCUCAGCUUGUCUUGUGUUGUUGCUCAGGUAAGUGAGGUAUGUUCUGGAAACUUCGCGCGCACGAAAGCUAUUGGUGAGUUUCCUGCUUCGAGGGGCGUGGUCGGAGUCGCGUGCGCGCGAGGAGGGGCGGUGUUUCCUGCAGCCCGCGUGGUCAUCAUGCAGCGCGCUCUCUGCUGAACUGCAGUGUAGUAUCGCGUCGUCGCUGAGAAACAGAGACGCGCUGAGCUCCUCUUGCUAAUUACAACUUCUCCCGCAUCCUGACAAGGAAAAUACCAGGAGCUUGUGCAGCGACAUGUCCUUAAAGACUCACUAAAUCCUACUGAGACGUCAAACCAAACCGUUUUUCUUUCUCUCUUUUUGUUGUUGUUGUUUGGUACACGCGCAGAAAAAGAUGUGAGCGCGCCCUCGAGACGGAAAAGCUACAUUUUUUUUGCAUUGUGACAGACGAGUAAAGCUAGCGACCGCCUUCUUGUGCUUCACACAUCUUCCAGUGCCACGAAGACUGUAUCCCGUUAACGGACUUCUCUGAAGUGAUUAUUUGCACCUUCUGUUCUCUGCACUAGUUUACACUCAGACUGGGAACAUGUUGAUGAAAGAGUACCGGAUAUGCAUGCCUCUGACUGUUGAAGAGUACAAGAUUGGGCAGCUGUAUAUGAUCAGUAAGCAUAGCAACGAGCAGAGUGAGCGAGGAGAGGGAGUGGAGGUGGUGCAGAAUGAGCCCUACGAUGACCCCACGCACGGCCGCGGCCAAUUCACCGAGAAACGUGUCUACCUCAACAGCAAACUGCCCACUUGGGCAAGAGCAGUGGUGCCCAGAAUCUUCUACGUGACUGAGAAGGCCUGGAACUAUUAUCCUUACACCGUCACAGAGUACACAUGUUCAUUUUUGCCAAAGUUCUCCAUCCACAUAGAAACCAAGUAUGAAGACAACAAAGGAUGCAAUGACAAUAUCUUUGAAAAUGAACUGAAGGAGCAGGAGCGAGAAGUGUGUUUCGUAGAUAUUGCUUACGAUGAGAUUCCAGAGCGCUACUACAAGGAGUCGGAGGAUCUGCGCCAUUUUAGAUCGGAGAAGACCUCUCGCGGCAUGCUGCAGGAAGGCUGGCGGGACACACAGAAUCCCAUCAUGUGCUCCUACAAGCUCGUCACCGUAAAGUUCGAGGUGUGGGGCCUCCAGACACGCGUGGAGCAGUACGUACACAAGGUGGUGCGGGACGUGCUGUUGCUGGGCCAUAGACAGGCCUUUGCUUGGGUGGAUGAGUGGAUCGACAUGACCAUGGAUGAGGUGAGAGAGUUUGAGCGUAGGACCCAGGAGGCCACCAACCAGAAGACCGGCAUGUUCCCUUCGUCCGUUUCCGUUGGUGAGGCGCCGCUCUCAUCUCUAGCUCCCAGCAACCCGGCCAGUGCUCCAUCCACCCCGGUCUACACCGACGCCCCAGAGUUCCUCUCCGUCCCCAAAGAGCGCUCUCGCAAGAAAUCCGCCCCUGAAACGCUCACUCUGCCUGAGCCCGGCCCGUCUGUGCCUGAGCCCGGCCCGUCAGUGCCUGAGCCCGGCCCGUCGGUGCCUGAUGCAACCCCUAACCGCGCCUCUCCCGGCCCUGCGUCCGACCAGACGGAGUGAUCGGGUCUGUGCCACGCCUCCUUGUGACUUCUUCCUUCGAUCAGGAUUUUGUAAAUACAAUUCACUUACUUGGUUCCUUCCACUUGUUCCUUCAAGUUGCAAAUUUCUACAAGACUCCAGUCUGUAAAUGGGCUUCCUCUCUUCAAGCUAGCCUCUGACUCAACACUUUAUAUUUUCUCAUAUUUGGAAACAUCAGAAAUAUUAAAUAAUUUGCAUUCA